AUGACAACCCGCGGUCAAUGCCAGAAUCCAUGGCAGAAGAAGUGGCAGAAGCCAUGGGAGAAGCAAGGCCAGGAGUCGAAGCAGGAGUCGGAGCAGAAGUCGGGGCAGAAGUCGGGGCAGGGCCAGCAGGGUUACCAGAGACAGCAGGGUUGGCAGUGGACCGUGCCUCCUCACCGAGGGCAAGCACCCCUGCUUGCCGCCGCUCAGGCCACCGCCGCCCUGGGAACGGCGGCCUUCGUCAAGCUCUCAGAGAACGAGGAGGCAUCCGGGGAUACUGGUGAGAGGCGGAUGCUGCAGGCGUCCCGCAAGGAGAUAUCGAAGAAGGUUGAUGAUGACGGCCGGGGACUCUCACGACUGAGGCACAAGGUCGUCUACUUCCUUGACGUCUAUGUCUGGGAGCCGUUGUGUACCGGGUUCCGAUUCCUUCACCUCGCCGUCAUCUUCGUGCCUGUCAUACUUGCUGUCCCCGCGAUAUGGAUCGGCAGAAGGCAGAAGGACCGCAACAACGAGCGAGCCGGGACGCUGUGGUGGUAUGGCUUCCUUGUGAAGGGGAUGGAAUGGGCCGGUCCGGCUUUCAUCAAGCUGGGUCAGUGGGCCGCGUCUCGAUCUGACAUCUUCCCGACUGAGCUAUGCGAGAUCAUGUCAAAACUACAUUCAGAUGCUCCAGCUCACUCCAUGCACGCGACCAGACGCAUAGUGCAAGCUGCUUUCGGCGGCCGUGCAUUCAAGGAUAUAUUUGAUGAGUUCGAUGAGAAGCCUCUUGGUGUGGGAGCCAUUGCGCAAGUAUACAAGGCUAAGCUCAAGCCUGACUUGGCUGGGCCGGGAGAUGCCGACUUGCUCGAUGACGAACCUCGUGCAACAAUACGGAAGAACGUUACGAAGAACGUUGGCAACGUCCUGAAGAGUACGCCGAAACGGGUGCCCUCCUCGUAUGUGGCUGUCAAAGUUCUGCAUCCUGGGGUCGAGCGCACAGUACGCCGGGACCUACGCAUUAUGAGAGCGGUUGCAUCGGUGCUCAACUUCAUCCCCACGAUAGAAUGGCUCUCUCUUCCAGAUGAGGUUGAGCAGUUUGGUGAGAUGAUGAAGCUGCAGCUCGACAUGCGCAUUGAAGCCGCAAACCUCACCAUCUUCCGCAAGAACUUCAAGAACCGCACCACGGCUUGGUUCCCCUUCCCGUACACCGAGUUCACGACAAGGAGUGUCUUGAUCGAGGAGUUCGCCCACGGCAUGCCUCUAGCUGACUUCCUGGAGAAUGGAGGUGGUGUGUUCCAACGAGAUAUUGCCUCCGAGGGACUGGACGCCUUUCUUCGCAUGUUGCUGCUUGACAACUUCAUCCAUGCCGACUUGCACCCCGGCAAUAUCAUGGUUCGCUUCUACGAGGCCGAACAACCGGAGCUGCCCUUAAAGCUACGCCUUCGCCACCAGGAUGGUGAGGGCCAGGCUCUCCCAUCAGAGCAAAACGACGUGACAGAAAAGGUACUCGCCCGGCUCCGCCCUUUCCGCCACCAAAAGGAUCCCAAGGCUUGGAAUGCCGAACUAGCAAAGAUCGACCGAGAGGGCUACCGACCGCAGCUGAUUUUCAUUGACACGGGCCUGGUCACCGAGCUGAAUGAAACAAACCGCAAGAACUUUCUGGAUCUUUUCCGUGCUGUUGCAGAGUUUGAUGGCUACAAAGCCGGCAAUCUCAUGUGUGAGAGGUGCCGUCAGCCUGACGCUGUCAUCAACAAGGAAGUUUUUGCCCUGAAAAUGCAACACUUGGUGCUCGCAGUCAAGAGCCAGACUCUGGCACUGGGCAAUCUCAAGAUCGGCGACAUAUUAGAGAAGGUUCUUGACAUGGUACGGGGCCAUCACGUUCGUCUCGAAGGCGACUUUGUCAAUGUGGUCAUCAGCAUCUUCCUUCUCGAGGGCAUCGGGCGGACCUUGGAUCCCAACACAGAUCUUCUGAGCAGCAGCCUGCCUAUUCUGCGUCAACUGAGCGCCCAACAGGGCAAGGACAUGGCCAAGGGAGGCGAUUUCAGCAUGCUGAUUCUAUGGAUGGGUCUGGAGACCAGGAGGUUCCUCCAGAUAAGUAUUGAUGAUGUCGAACGAUGUGUAAAGUAUGAUCUCCUCUCACCCAACGUUUAG